AUGGCUACUAAAGCCGGACCAACCCUCCCCGGGUCAACUGACAGAGAAGCAGCAUCGAAGCCGCCUGCCAAAGGUCUUCGAUUUUGGGGCAUCUUUGCCUCUCUCUGCCUCUUGUCGUUUAUUUCAGCCUUGGACGUUUCUAUCAUUACUACUGCCCUCCCAACAAUCACGGCGGAAAUUGGAGGGGCCGAACAAUAUGCGUGGAUUGCGAACUCGUUCAUAGUCGCCUCUAGUGUUCUGCAGCCCUUAUUUGGUCAAAUCGCAGACGCCUUUGGCCGACAGAUUCCCAUCAUCACAGCAACUGCCAUUUUCACCCUUGGCAGCGGACUCGCCGGCGGUGCGUACAACGUUGGUAUGCUGAUCGCGGGCCGCACAGUCCAGGGUAUCGGUGCCGGAGGUAUCUACGUCCUCAUUGACAUCGUGUGCUGUGACUUAGUCCCGCUUCGUGAGCGAGGCAAGUACCUGGGCCUCAUGUUCUCUUGGUCAGGAGUUGCAGCCGCCUUAGGCCCUCCAGUUGGUGGUGCUCUGGCGCAAGCAAACUGGCGGUGGGUGUUUUGGAUCAACAUACCUAUUUGCGGCUUGGCUUUAUUCACUCUUGUUUUAUUCAUGAGGGUGAAGAAGGGUGCCGAGUCUUCCACGCUAUCCUUCAUCUCAAAGGCAAAGCGGAUAGACUACUUCGGAUCACUUAUCUUCAUACCGAGCAUGAUCGCAUUGCUUUUUGGCUUAAUCAUGGGUGGCGUACAGUUUCCAUGGUCCUCCUGGCGUGUUAUUUUACCGCUUGUGCUGGGGAUUGCUGGUUGGAUAUUCUUCCAUAUUCAACAACAUUACUUUGCUUGGUACCCUAGUGUACCUUCGAGGCUCUUCGGUAACAAGACAUCUGUAACGGCGUUUAUAUUGACCUUCACGUCUUCUGUUAUCUUACAAAUGGUUUCAUACUUUUUGCCAGUCUAUUUUCAAGCAGUACUUGCCACGACGACCCUAGAAUCCGGCACGUUUUUUCUCCCCUUCGCACUAGGGUCAUUAGUUUUUGCCGUCGUCGCUGGGGCACUAUUGACUAAAUUUGGCGCAUAUCGUCCGCUGCAUGCUGCCGCCUUUGCUUUAUCAGCCAUCUCCUUCGGUCUUUUUACUUUACUUAACGGCUAUACAACUAAAGUUGCUUGGGCUUUCUUUGAACUAAUUGCCAGUGGAGGUUGCGGGAUGAUUAUUUCUACUCUUUUGCCUGCUAUCAUGGCCAAGUUACCAGAGUCCGACGUUGCCACGGUGUCCGCAACAUUCAGCUUUAUUAAGAAUUUCGGCUAUAUAUGGGGAGUGACAAUCUCAAGCAUCGUUUUCAAUGCUGUUUUUGAUGCCAACUUAUACAAUAUUUCGGACCAAACGCUACGGGGCCAACUGCGGGGCGGGGCAGCAUACUCCUUUGCGAGCCAGGUACAUACUAUACGAUCAGCUCUUGACCCAGGCGUUUGGGCCGAAACUAGGGAAGUUUACACAAAAAGCUUGAGAAUAAUCUGGUGGGUAGGCUUAGGCAUUAGUUUGGCAAGCUUCUUUGCGGUUGCAGGAGAGGAGGGGCUGGAGCUUCGAAAAGAAUUAGAGACGGAAUACGGUAUUAAUGAUCAACUGGAUAGAUCAACUAAUGAUAGGGAGGAAUUAAAAAACGAAAAUACUAUAGGAGUGAACCUGCUUUAGGUUUAUAUAGGUAGUUACUGCGGAAAUUCCUUUUUACACCAGGUCUAUAAAAUGGGUAUGCCACCCCCUAUUCUUGGAAGGGCAUGGGUCAAUACAGUCCUGUA